GUAGCACUCACAAGCAUAAGUUUACUUUACAGUCGAUAGCAAUAAUUAUGUACUUCAAAUUCUCAAUUUUGCUACUAACUUGUUUAAUAUUUGCCGAAUCCGCUCCAACUGAUACAGGCGAAGAUGGUGUUUUGGAAACACUCUACUAUGUUUGUAAAAAGGCAUACGAUGUUCCUAACGAAAGAGGUCUUAAUGAGUAUGAAAUGACAAUGUACACAGGAUUUGAUGAUGUAAUGGAACUUAGAGAGAUAGCGAAGUCAAUUAAAAUAAAAAACCUAGACAAUAUAAGUUUGAAGACGUUUGUAUUGCUUUCGAAAGAGAUAACCAGAAGACUAGGUCUUUCCAUAUUGCAACCCAAAAACGAGCUAAACGCUAGCUCAUCCAAUAGGCCUAUUUUUGAUGAUCUUGUUUAUUUAAAAUUAUACUGUUCCGCCAAAAGACGAUUCGAUGCUUUUGAUAGAGGCCUUACUGAGUACGAAAUGCUGAGUUAUGUGGAAAUCGUUAAUGUAUCGGAACUAAGAGAGAUGGCGAAUACACUUUUAAUAGAAAACUUGAACGAUAUAAAUUGGGAAAAUUUUACAUUGCUUAUGAAAGAGAUUUACAGAAGAUAUAAUAAUUCCACAAUAGGUGCCAAAAGAGAGCUAGAAGCUGGCCCAUCCAACAGGCCACCUGGAGAACAACCUGACUAAUCCAGUAAACUGAAACUUCAAUAAAUAUUACCGCUUUGUUACAAUUUGAAACCUGGACCACAUUGUACUAAAAUAUAAUUCAUAAAUAAUACAACUGAAAUAUUA